UGCAGAGGGCAAAGGGAAAAGUGGGGAAGACUUUUUUCAGAAGAUUAUGGAAGAAACAAAUACACAAAUUGCUUGGCCAUCAAAGUUGAAGAUUGGAGCAAAAUCAAAAAAAGAUCCCCAUAUUAAAGUUUCUGGAAAAAAAGAAAAUGUUAAAGAAGCGAAAGAGAGAAUCAUGUCUGUCUUGGACACAAAAAGCAAUCGCGUAACCUUGAAGAUGGAUGUUUCACAUACAGAACAUUCUCAUGUGAUAGGUAAAGGUGGCAAUAAUAUUAAAAAGGUGAUGGAGGAAACAGGAUGCCAUAUCCAUUUUCCAGACUCAAAUAGGAACAAUCAAGCAGAGAAAAGCAACCAAGUAUCUAUUGCAGGACAGCCAGCUGGAGUGGAGUCUGCAAGAGUUAGAAUUCGGGAACUGCUUCCAUUGGUACUCAUAUUUGAAUUGCCUAUUGCUGGAAUUCUCCAACCGAUCCCAGAUCCUAAUUCUCCCACAAUUCAGCAUAUAUGUCAGACAUAUAAUAUUUCAGUUUCCUUUAAACAACGCUCUCGAAUGUAUGGUGCUACGGUCAUUGUCAGAGGCUCACAAAAUAACACUAGUGCUGUGAAGGAAGGAACAGCCAUGCUUUUAGAACACCUGGCCGGGAGCCUGGCCUCUGCGAUCCCUGUGAGCACGCAGCUCGACAUCGCAGCGCAGCAUCAUCUCUUUAUGAUGGGUCGAAACGGCAGCAAUAUCAAACACAUCAUGCAGAGGACUGGCGCUCAGAUCCACUUCCCUGACCCGAAUAACCCCCAGAAGAAAUCCACUGUCUACCUCCAGGGCACAAUUGAGUCUGUCUGUCUUGCCAGGCAAUAUCUCAUGGGUUGCCUUCCUCUUGUGCUCAUGUUUGAUAUGAAAGAAGAAAUUGAAGUAGAACCACAGUUUAUAACACAGCUAAUGGAGCAGUUAGAUGUCUUCAUAAGUAUUAAGCCGAAGCCAAAGCAACCAAGCAAGUCUGUGAUUGUAAAAAGCGUUGAACGAAAUGCCUUAAAUAUGUAUGAGGCACGGAAAUGUCUCUUGGGACUUGAAAGUAGUGGAGUCACCAUAGCAUCAAAUCCUUCUACUGUCUCGUGCCCUGUUGGUCUGUCUUGUCCUGGUCUAGACAUCUUGUCCUCAGCAGGGUUAGGACUCACUGGGCUUGGCCUUUUAGGUCCAACAGCCUUGUCAGUCAACACCUCAAGUGCUCCAAAUUCUCUCUUGAAUGCUCUUAAUAGCUCUGUGAGUCCCUUGCAGAGUCCAAGUUCAGGCACGCCUAGCCCCACGUUAUGGGCAACAUCUCUUGCUAACACAAAUGCCACAGGUUUUUCUGCUAUUCCACACCUGAUGAUACCAUCUACUGCUCAAGCAACCUUAACUAGUAUCCUGUUGUCUGGAGUACCUAAUUACAGUCAAAACACUCCAUCUCCACCACCAGGCUUGACUCCUGUUGAAGUCCACGUUAAUGGCAUCCAAUCAGAGAGUAAAAAAGUCUCACCUUCUUUAAAUGGUCAUGUAAAGACCUCAAAUAUCAAGUAUGCUGCAUUGUCUGCCACAUCACUAGGAGAAAAUGUGUUGAGCACAAACCACAGUGAUCCGGUCAGACAAACAAGUACUCAUGGUGCCUCAGAACAAGUAGCUGCCAAGUCAAAUAGUGCAGAAGGUUGCAAUGAUGCUUUUGUGGAAGUGGGCAUGCCAAGGAGUCCGUCCCAUUCAGCAAGUACCAGUGACCUGAAGCAGAUGAUGAGCUCUUCCAAACAGGCCUGUGCUAAGAGACAAACAGUUGAAUUACUGCAAGGCACCAAAAACUCUCACCUACAUACCACAGAGAGGCUGCUCUCGGAUGCGGAGUUAAGUGCUUCUGAAAGUCCCAUGGCUGACAAAAAGGCUCCUGGAAGUGAGCGAGCAGCAGAGCGAGCAGCAGCUGCCCAGCAGAACUCUGAAAGAGCCCGUCUAGCUCCGCAGCCAUCGUAUGUAAAUAUGCAGGCAUUUGACUAUGAACAGAAGAAGCUACUAGCAACUAAAGCUAUGUUAAAGAAGCCAGUUGUAACGGAAGUGAGAACUCCAACAAAUACGUGGAGUGGUUUGGGGUUCUCUAAAUCUAUGCCUGCAGAAACUAUCAAGGAACUAAGAAGAGCAAAUCAUGUAUCAUACAAGCCAUCUAUGACAACUACAUAUGAGGGUUCAUCGAUGUCUCUCUCACGGUCCAACAGUCGGGAGCACCUGGGCAGUGGCAGCGAAUCUGAUAACUGGAGGGACCAUAACGGGCUUGGACCCACAGCUCAUAAUGAAUUUGUGUCCUCGAUUGGCAGCCCCAAACGGAAACAAAAUAAAUCAGCUGAACACUAUCUCAGUAGCAGUAAUUACAUGGACUGCAUUUCCUCGCUGACAGGAAGCAAUGGCUGUAACCUGAACACUUUGUUUAAGGGAUCUGAUCUUCCCGAGCUGUUCAGCAAACUUGGUUUGGGCAAGUACACAGACGUAUUCCAACAGCAAGAGAUUGAUCUGCAGACAUUCCUUACUCUUACGGAUCAAGAUUUGAAAGAGUUAGGAAUUACCACUUUCGGUGCCAGAAGAAAAAUGCUGCUUGCCAUCUCAGAACUGAAUAAAAACCGAAGAAAGCUCUUUGACCCAUCAAACAUACGUGCCUCGUUCCUGGAAGGUGGAGCCAGUGGAAGACUGCCGCGUCAGUAUCACUCGGACAUUGCUAGUGUCAGCGGGCGCUGGUAG